CGGAGGCGGAGGGAGGAGGAAGCCCCGUCGCGGCCUCCGCCGCCGCCAACGGGGCUGUCCCUGUACCUCCCGAUGGAGUUUGAGGCCGUGAAGCCGCCGCCGAGCUCUGCCCCGGCGAGACGAGGCGCCUCCGUCGCCGAGCCGCGCGGUCGCGGGGCUCCCGGGAGCGGCCCUUAGCGACCCCGCCCGGUCCCCCUCAGCUUACAAAACACUACCCAGCAAAAUAAUGAUCUGCUAGACUGCUAACCCGAGCAUCCAGCUUCCACAAUGCCUGUGCAGGCAGCUCAAUGGACAGAAUUUCUGUCCUGUCCAAUCUGCUAUAAUGAAUUUGAUGAGAAUGUGCACAAACCCAUCAGUUUAGGUUGUUCACACACUGUUUGCAAGACCUGCUUGAAUAAACUUCACCGAAAAGCUUGUCCUUUUGAUCAGACUGCCAUCAACACAGACAUUGAUGUGCUUCCUGUCAACUUCGCACUUCUCCAGUUAGUUGGAGCCCAGGUACCAGAUCAUCAAUCAGUAAAGUUAAGUAAUUUAGGUGAGAACAAACACUAUGAGGUUGCAAAGAAAUGUGUUGAGGAUUUGGCACUCUACUUAAAACCACUAAGUGGAGGUAAAGGUGUAGCUAGUUUGAACCAGAGUGCACUGAGCCGUCCAAUGCAAAGGAAACUGGUGACACUUGUAAACUGUCAACUGGUGGAGGAAGAAGGUCGUGUAAGAGCCAUACGAGCAGCCCGUUCACUUGGAGAAAGAACUGUAACAGAACUAAUAUUACAGCACCAGAACCCUCAGCAAUUGUCUGCCAACUUAUGGGCUGCUGUCAGGGCUCGAGGAUGCCAGUUUCUAGGGCCAGCUAUGCAAGAAGAGGCCUUGAAGCUGGUGUUGCUGGCAUUAGAAGAUGGUUCUGCUCUCUCAAGGAAAGUUCUGGUACUUUUUGUUGUGCAAAGACUAGAACCAAGAUUUCCUCAGGCAUCAAAAACAAGUAUUGGUCAUGUUGUGCAACUACUGUAUCGAGCUUCUUGUUUUAAGGUUACCAAAAGGGAUGAAGACUCUUCCCUGAUGCAGCUAAAGGAGGAAUUUCGGAGUUAUGAGGCUUUACGCAGAGAACAUGAUGCCCAAAUUGUUCAUAUUGCUAUGGAAGCAGGACUCCGUAUUUCACCUGAGCAGUGGUCUUCACUUCUGUAUGGUGACUUGGCGCAUAAAUCACACAUGCAGUCUAUCAUUGAUAAGCUGCAGUCUCCAGAAUCAUUUGCAAAGAGUGUUCAGGAAUUGACAAUUGUUUUGCAACGAACAGGUGACCCAGCUAACUUAAAUAGACUGAGGCCUCAUUUAGAGCUUCUUGCAAACAUAGACCCUAAUCCAGAUGCUGUUUCACCAACUUGGGAGCAGCUAGAAAAUGCAAUGGUAGCUGUUAAAACAGUGGUUCAUGGCCUUGUGGACUUCAUACAAAAUUAUAGUAGAAAAGGCCAUGAGACACCUCAGCCUCAGCCAAACAGCAAAUAUAAGACUAGCAUGUGCCGAGAUUUGCGACAGCAAGGAGGGUGUCCACGAGGAACAAAUUGUACUUUUGCCCAUUCUCAGGAAGAGCUUGAAAAGUAUCGAUUAAGGAACAAAAAGAUAAAUGCAACUGUAAGAACGUUUCCUCUUCUAAAUAAAGUUGGUGUAAACAACACUGUCACAACCACAGCCGGAAAUGUCAUUUCUGUCAUAGGAAGUACUGAAACAACGGGGAAAAUUGUUCCAAGUACAAACGGAAUUUCAAAUGCAGAAAACAGUGUUUCCCAGCUAAUUCCUCGUAGUACUGACAGUACAUUAAGAGCUCUGGAGACUGUGAAGAAAGUGGGGAAGGUUGGCACUAAUGGUCAGAAUGCUGCUGGGCCUUCUGCAGAGUCUGUAACUGAAAAUAAAAUUGGUUCUCCACCCAAGACUCCUGUAAGUAAUAUAGCGGCUACCUCAGCUGGGCCCACUAAUGUUGGAACAGAGCUGAAUUCUGUGCCUCCAAAAUCCAGCCCAUUUAUAACUAGAGUACCAGUAUAUCCUCAGCAUUCCGAAAACAUUCAGUAUUUUCAAGAUCCAAGGACUCAGAUACCCUUCGAAGUCCCACAGUACCCACAGACAGGAUACUACCCACCACCUCCAACAGUACCAGCUGGUGUGGCUCCCUGUGUUCCUCGCUUUGUGAGGUCCAAUAAUGUUCCAGAGUCCUCCCUCCCACCUGCUUCCAUGCCAUAUGCUGAUCAUUACAGUACAUUUUCGCCUCGAGAUCGAAUGAAUUCUUCUCCUUACCAACCUCCUCCUCCGCAGCCGUAUGGACCAGUUCCUCCAGUACCUUCUGGAAUGUAUGCUCCUGUGUACGACAGCAGGCGCAUCUGGCGCCCACCUAUGUACCAACGAGAUGACAUUAUUAGAAGCAAUUCUUUACCUCCAAUGGAUGUGAUGCACUCGUCUGUGUAUCAGACGUCUUUGCGGGAAAGAUAUAACUCAUUAGAUGGGUAUUAUUCAGUGGCUUGUCAGCCACCAAGUGAGCCAAGGACAACUGUGCCUUUACCAAGGGAACCUUGUGGUCAUUUGAAGACCAGUUGCGAGGAGCAGAUAAGAAGAAAGCCAGAGCAGUGGGCACAGUACCACACUCAGAAAGCACCUCUUGUCUCUUCAACUCUUCCUGUGGCAACACAGUCACCAACACCACCUUCUCCUCUAUUCAGUGUAGACUUCCGCACUGAUUUCUCUGAAAGUGUGAGUGGCACAAAAUUUGAAGAAGAUCAUCUUUCCCAUUAUUCCCCCUGGUCUUGUGGCACCAUAGGUUCCUGUAUAAAUGCUAUCGAUUCAGAGCCCAGAGAUGUAAUUGCUAAUUCAAAUGCUGUGUUAAUGGACCUGGACAGUGGAGAUGUUAAGAGAAGAGUGCAUUUAUUUGAAACUCAGAGAAGGACAAAAGAAGAAGAUCCAAUAAUUCCUUUUAGUGAUGGACCUAUCAUCUCAAAAUGGGGUGCAAUUUCUAGAUCUUCCCGUACAGGUUACCAUACCACGGAUCCUGUCCAGGCCACUGCUUCCCAAGGAAGUGCGACUAAACCUAUCAGCGUAUCAGAUUAUGUCCCUUAUGUCAAUGCUGUUGAUUCAAGAUGGAGUUCAUAUGGUAAUGAAGCUACGUCAUCAGCACAUUAUAUUGAACGGGACAGAUUCAUUGUUACUGAUUUAUCUGGUCAUAGAAAGCAUUCCAGUACUGGAGACCUUUUGAGCAUUGAACUUCAGCAGGCCAAAAGUAACUCGUUGCUUCUUCAGAGGGAGGCCAAUGCUCUGGCCAUGCAACAGAAGUGGAAUUCCCUGGACGAAGGCCGUCACCUUACCUUAAAUCUUCUAAGCAAGGAAAUUGAACUGAGAAAUGGAGAGAGUGAUUAUACAGAAGAUGCAGCUGAUACUAAGCCUGAUAGGGAUAUAGAGUUAGAGCUUUCAGCACUUGAUACUGAUGAACCUGAUGGACAAGGUGAACAGAUUGAAGAGAUCCUGGACAUACAGCUUGGUAUCAGUUCUCAAAAUGAUCAGUUACUGAAUGGAACAGCAGUAGAAAAUGGGCAUCCAGUCCAACAACACCAAAAGGAGCCCCUGGAGCAGAAGAGACAGAGUUUAGAUGAAGACCAUGUGAUUCUGACUUCCCUCGUGGCUCAGUGGUUAAGAAUCCGCCUGCCAAUGCAGGGGACAUGGGUUUGAUCCCUGGUCCGGGAAGAUCCCACAUGCUGUGGAGCAACUAAGCCUGCAAGCCACAACUACUGAGCCUGUGCACCACAACUACUGAAGCCCGUGCGCCUAGAGCCCGUGCUCCGCAACAAGAGAAGCCACCGCAAUGAGAAGCCCGCACACCACAGCUAGAGAAAAGCCCACACGCAGCAACGAAGACCCAACGCAGCCUAAAAAAAUCCUCAAAUAUUAUCAACCUAAAUAUGUCUCCAUACUUAACUGGCCUUCAGUCCCCCUAAAGAGAGCUUCUGUGGUAGGUAGUUCAUAGGAUGGGCCCCUGAGCCUCUUGGUAUGGUAUUCAUGUUCUUGUGUAAUUCCUUCCCCUUGAGUGUGGGCUGGACUCACUGGCUCAUUUCUAAUGAAAAUAAUACAACUGAAGUGAUUGGGCAUAACUUCUAAGGUUAGGUUAUAAAAGACUGGUUUCCAUCUUGGUCUUAGAUUCCGUCUCUCUCUCUCUCUCUCUGUCUCUCUCUUUUACAAUAUACAGAGACAACCUGUUUUGUGUCCUUCUACUUAAGUUUUCUGGAGAAUCUAUAAAUAGCUAACAUUGUUUUCAUCGAUGCCUUGAGCCAGCCAGCUCCAGGGCAGACUGCCUAGACUGACUGCUUUGCAAAAUUCUAGCUUGUCAGUUUCCUUCUAGAAAAGCAGACAAGACUCAUGGUUUCCUGACAUCCCACAUUUCCCCCGUCUUUUAUGAAUCCAUUUUUUAAACCCUCCUUGACAGUCACCUAUUGAUUCUCUCCUUCCUAUGAGUAAAUUUGUUUGCAUGUAA